CGGAGAGAUCUCCACCGACCAUCAACUCAACGCCGCUAGAGAUCACAUAGAGCGGGGGAUUCGCUCUUGGGACGUAGACCUCAACACCUGUGAUCUCCAACAGCAGCUUCUGCACUUUAUAACACGUCAUUCGGCUCACUUCUCUGCCGACGUCAGAGGGCAGAGGACCCUAUACCACAGAAGUGAUGUCCUAGAGACGGUUAUACUGGUCAACCCGUCAGAAGAGACGGUUACAUCAGAGAUCCAGUCUCUGGUCACAGACUCAGCAGGACAUAAGCUCCUGGUCCUGAGCGGCCAGAGCUCAGAUCACGGUGACCUUCUCCUUCAAACCGGGCUCUUCACCUACCAGACCUUUUCACAACUCCUUACUGACCCUCGGGUCAGUGAUUUACUGGGCAGAGUAGCACCCAAGCAGCCGGCUACACUAACUGUGUCCAGCCGUGGGGAGGUGGGCUGGAGCUCCUUGGGACAACAGAAACAUCUCCAGGACUUUCUAGAAUACAGAGUGAACCCUGAGCCUGUGCUGCCCAAAAUGGAGGGCGUGUCCGAGUUCGCAGAGUACAUCUCUGAGACUGUGGACGUCCCCUCACCGUUUGACCUCUUGGAGCCACCCACCUCUGGAGGGUUCCUGAAACUUUCAAGCCAUGUUGUUACAUCUUUUCCCGGAGGGAGGGGAGAUUCCGCCCUCUUUGCUGUGAAUGGAUUCAACAUAUUGGUGGACGGAGGCUCGGAUCGCAGAUCAUGCUUCUGGAAGCUCGUCCGUCACUUGGACCGCAUUGACUCGAUACUACUCACACACAUUGGAGCUGACAAUCUACCAGGCAUCAAUGGGCUCCUUCAGCGCAAAGUAGCAGAGAUGGAAGAGGAGCAGUCCCAAGGUUCCACCAAUUACAGUGAGUGGAUGAAGAACCUGAUCUCGCCAGAACUUGGCGUUGUGUUCUUCAAUGUACCAGAGAAGCUACGCAUGGCUGAAUCAAAUCUCAAGGUCAAGCGCAGCAUCGAAGAAGCCUCACUUACAUUACAAUAUCUGAAUAAACUGGGAGUGAAGCCAGAACCUCUUUGCAGAGUGGUCAGCAACACCAUUGAACCCAUCACCUUGUUCCACAAAAUGGGAGUGGGCAAGUUAGACAUGUAUGUUCUGAACCCUGUAAAAGAUAGUAAAGAGAUGCAGUUUCUAAUGCAGAAAUGGGCUGGUAACAGUAAGGCAAAGACUGGUAUCUUGCUCUCUAAUGGCAAAGAGGGGGAAAUAUCUGUGCCCUAUCUGACAUCAGUCACAGCCUUAGUUGUUUGGCUCCCUGCCAACCCAUCUGAAAAGAUUGUUAGGGUGCUCUUUCCUGGAAAUGCACCCCAAAACAAGAUUCUGGAAGGCCUAGAUAAAUUAAAGCACCUUGAUUUCCUGCGUUAUCCAGUAGCGACACAGAAGGACAUCGCUUCAGGAACUCCACCACCUGUCAUAAAACAGAGCAAGCUGAAGCAAACAGACAGCAAAGAGAGUCUCAAAGCCUCUCCCAAAACCACUGCAAAACCCUCCAAGAAAGAAACUGAUGGAGAAGAUGAAGUUCCAGCUGCCGCAGAGGUGAAGACUGAUUCUGUAAAGGACAAUAAGGAAGAGAAAAAAGAGGAGAAAAAGCCCAAAACUUUGAAAUCAAAGUCUGAGGUACCAGAGAAGAAGAAGCUGUUAAAGGAGAAAUCCUUAAAGAGGCACUCAAAGGAAAGGACAUUGAAAAUGGAUGAAAAAAAGGACAAGGAAAAGAAAGAGAUCAAGAAAGUAAAAAAGGAUGACCCCCUGAAAAAAGAUGAAAAGAAGGAUGGAAAGAUUAAAGAUGCUAAGAAGAAAGACGCAUCUAAGCCCGAGCUGAGAAAGAUUACAAAGCCUGACCUGAAACCUCUGACACCAGAAGUAAGGAAGACCUUGCACAAAGCUAAAGUUUCAAGUAAAGCCAAGACUGGCAAAGUCAAAGCAACCAAGGCACAGCCUGCUGAACCUAAACCAGUGGAGAAACCAGUCGCAGAAACUGAACAGCCUACGACAAUACAGAAUGGAACUACUGAAGGCCUGUCUGCCUCAUCCAGCCCAGAAGAUCUUACCAAGGCUUUUGAAGAUCUAAAGCAAACAGGAACUGUAUCCUCAGAACAACUUGAAAUUGCUGAAGUUGCAGAGGAGCCAACAGCACAAGAAACCAAAUCGGAAAUUCUACCUAGCACCUUGUCUUCUGAAAAGGUAUUGGCCUCAGAAGUAAAGGCAGAGGCUGAUGCUGGAGUUGAAGAUAAACAAUCAAACCAAGUGAGAGAGGAAGAAUUAGAGGCUGAAAAGUUUGAGGAUGAAGGAGCAGCCAUUGAUGAUGAGGUGGAGGAUGAGGAGGAGGAAGAGGGAGAUUCCCCAACUGCUCAAAGGGAAGCAGCAGAGGAAGAGGAAGACAUGGGCAUAGGAGAAGAAGAAGAUGAUAGCCUUGAUAGGAAGCACGAAGAGGAGGAAGAGGAGGCAGAAGAUGAAGCUAUUGAAAAGGCAGAGUUAGAGGAGGUAGAAGACUUGGAUGUAAUAGCAGACGAGGAGAUCAAGGACAAACCUGAAGAUACGGAAUUGGACCACAUCAGCCAGGUGGUUGAACAACACAAGGCAACCGAGUUUGGAGCUUCAGCCAAAGAGGAUGACGAUGAGGAAGGAUACCUGUCACAUGUUGAUGGAGCCACAGCUCCGAUAACCUCAGUGGCUCAAGAGGCUGGUGUCGCUGCUGCCUACAUUCAAGAUGAUAAUAUUCCUGCUGCAGAACCUAUUUCCUACAUUCAAGAUGAGACUAUUCCUGGGUACUCUGAGACAGAGCAGACCAUCUCUGAUGAGGAGAUUCAUGAGGAGGCAGAGGACAGAAUACCACACCUUCAGUAUGAUGUUGGUACCUAUGACAUCUCUGUUCCAGACCAGACUGGCUCCUUUGUAAAUAUUCAUGGAAUGAAAGAGAUACAAGCUGCUGCCGUGUCAGAUAAAGGUUUUCCUGGUAUACAGGAGCAGGUGUCUGCGUAUACCAACAUCAUUGCUGCUCCAUUGGCAGAAGAAGAGCAUGUGUCCUCUGCGACCUCCAUUACAGAGUAUGACAAAAUAUCCUCACUGCCAACCUCUAUUGCCGAAGACCUGGCGCCGGCCGUAGCACCACAAAUUGAAGAAAUAUGUAAAAGCUCUUUAGAAAUGGAUACUGUGAAAAGUGUUUCCCUUCCAAAACCGACUGAGGCAAACCAGGGAACCAGGGACGUCCCAUACUCCGCUGGGACUGUGUCACCAAUAUCCUCUUUGGAGGAUGACAAGUGCUCCAAGUCUCCAUCUGACGACGCAAACCGUGGUUUCUCUGGAGUAAGCACAGAUGCUGAAGUUACUGAAGCUCAUAUUCAAGAGGAGCUCAAGGAGAAAGAAACAGACUUUAAACCUGCUGCUGUACCAGUCAUAGAGGAGAAGAAAAAGGAGGCAGCCAUCACUGACACGCCUGAUAUUAAACCGAUAAACAAUAUGGAGGGAAAGCAGAUGGAAAAGGAUGCAGAAACAUUUGACAACCAGGAGGAAGACAAAGCGAUGAAAUUAGGUGAUACAUUGGAUGUUCCCCUUUCCACAGAGGUUCCCCUUUCCAAGGAGGAUGAAACAUCCAACAAAACAAACAUAACAGAGGAAAGAAAGGAAAAUAAGGAUGAGGCCUCUGAUGUCAAACUAACAACUGACGAUAAGAAGGACCAGGAAAAGGAUGAAGAUGAUACUUCUACCAUCAAACCUACACUCAUACCCGACCCUUUAGUUGCAGCCAAAGAGGAAAGCCUUUCCUCUAAAUCAGUCAUCAUUGAGGAAAACAGUAAAGAUAAGUCUUCUACUGUUAAAUUGGUCACAGAAGAAAAGGACCACAGUAUUGAUACUUCUACAAUUAUUUCUACAGAAAAGGAUGGGCAGGCUUUCAGCAAGAGUGAUAGCUGUGCUGCUGAACCAGCCAUAGUCGAACAAAAACUGGUCAUGGAUGAUGAUAUUCUUAUUAAACCAUCUACACAAGAGGACAAAGAUCAAGAGAAUACAAAGAGGAUGAAAGAUGCCAGUCCAGAUAAAGAGAAAACAGAUGUGAAACUGCUCAUAGAGGACAAAGACAAGGGAAAAGAAGCUCUGUCUGUUAAGGAUGAAGAAUUAAACAUAAAUAAAGUAGAUAGUUCUGAUAUCAAACCCAUAAUGCAGGAGGCCGUAGCAACACAACAGGAAGCCAUAGAGCUCAAAGAAAAAGAGGACGAAGAGGAGAGCACAGCAGAGUUAAAAACAAGAAAAGAUAACAUCGCCUCUGAGGCUGCGGUGGACAUAGAAAAGUAUGACCCACAUGAAGUUGACUGCACCAAAGAGGAAAAGUGGGAGAAAGAAGAGGUACAAGAGAAGGACAAGACCAUUAAAUGUACAGCACCUGAUCAACCAGGGAUACUAUCCAAGCCUGCAUUCGUGGUCCAGUCUUCUGAUGAAGACAGAGAGGAUGAAGAGGAAGAAGUAAUUUGCAUGGAUUCUGAGAGUGUGACAGAUGUCCUUGAACAGGCAGGUGCGGUCGGAGCUGAGAGCAUUGAUAAAAUAAACCUAGGGACCGAAGGAGUAAGCGAGAGCCAACCAGUGGAAAAGCAAGAGUUCAGUGUCUCUAAGUAUGAUCCAUAUGAAAAGCCUGUCCUCAGAGACCAGGAUUCCAGGAGAGAAGGUGAUGUUUCCCCAAUUUUUGCUCCACCCUCUGACUUUGGCAUUGAUGACAACAGGAGAGCCAGCGAGGCAGAGUGCAGUAGAACCGUGUCCCUUCUUGAUGACCAAUGCAAAGACGAACCGCUGUCUUUCAGUAGGGUUGACUACAGCCCAGUGUCCCUUACGGAGAGCGAAAGAAGUAGCCACCACAGUCAGAGUGCCUCUCCAAUCUAUGAAGACAGAGAAAAGGGCCAAGAAGAAGAGAGUGAAAGAGAAGAAAGACCAGCCACACCUUUUGUUGAGAGGAGCUUCUCGCCAACAGAUAUUCAGGACAACAAAAUGGCCCAGGCUGCCGAGUAUCGCACCUGUGCCUUUAACCUCAAAGAGGACAAACCGGAGAAAUCUGAGAAAGAGAAGGAAGGGGGCGAGGAAAUCCCUGCUUCAACAACCACUGUAAGCCCCAAUGAACCAUAUUAUGGAGACAUCAAAAGUCCAUGUGACACACAGGACCUGACCAAAACAAAUGAGGGACUACAACCCCAGACCCCCAUCGCAGAGCCUCAAGAAGGCUCAGGUUCAAGAGGGUCCGGCAUUGGACAGAUUAAACUCUUACAGGGGGCCCCAGAGAAAGAUGAAGUCAAAGAAAACACCGAAAUUGAUCAGAAGCAAUGUGAACAUGUAUUAGAUGGCCAAACAAGUGAAGGUAGCAAAGUAGAGGACAGUAAAGAUACUGCUGACUCCAAAGCAGAAAGUUGCCGGAAAGAAGAUCCGGAGGUUACCACGUUAGCCAUGCCACUUGAGAAGCUAGCCCUUAGGAGAAAAAGUAGCUUAUCUGACUGGGAGAUGCUGCAGAAGCCCGAAAGCUUCCCAACCGCCCCUCCAGGUUAUGGGGACGACGACGAAGAGACACUGGAGCCAAUGGAGUGGAUGUCCACUCUACACAGCUCCUCUUCAUCUUCCACUAAGGUUGCACAACAAAUAGAGACAUCUGGCGCUGUGGGCAGUCAAUCUGACCGCCCCUCUGACCUGUUUGCGGGAGCACCAUCGUCCUCCUUCUCUCCUCCCGGAUCCUCCUCGUGUGAGUAGCCCCGAAAGGGGGAGCUCUCUCCCUCGUUCAUCAACCCCAACCUCCACCAGCUGUCCAGUGACGAAACUGAGGAGGACAAAAAAAGCGAUUGUUCCCAAGAGGGGGAUGAAGACGAUCGCGAGCAGCACUCUCUAAAAAGGCGAUCUCACAAGCAGAGGCGCCACCACGCUCAGACUCCCAGUGGAGAAACUGGACUGGGGACACACCCGUUGCCAGGCACCAUGUCGUCUGGGUUGGCCGCAGCUAGCCGGGGAACGCCUCCGACCAGCGCGAGCGAAUCACUGCCCUCUCAGUCCGACUCAGACGCCCCGGAGACAGAGGAGUGCCCGUCCAUCACGGCAGAGGGGAACUUGGACUCGGACGAGGACGCAGAACAUCUACCCGUGGACAAAACGUCCACCUCCGGAGCUGGAGCGGGCCAUCAACCCCCUUCCCCUCGGUCGGCCCAGAAGACACAGGACCCUCUUCCUGCACCCAUGAAGGACCCCUCCCCGGACCCUCCACGUCCAGAUGUCUGCAUGGUGGACCCUGAGGCCCUUCUCAAGGAUCACAUCAGCACGGAGAAACCCCUCAAGAAAGAGCACAAGACGACCAAGGUCCUCAGGAAGAGCAAACCCAAGUCAGCCUCUCCUGCUCGGAAGGGGGAGGGAAGGAAGAGAUCCACUACCCCGGUGAAGCAGAGCACCAAGGAGGGCAGCUCAUCGCGCUCCACCUCUUUAAGGAGGAGGGACACCGAGAGAGGCUCUCGGCUGCUCAAGAUGUCCGAAACUCAAGGGUCUCGCACGGAUAUAAACAACCCUGGAAAGCUCUUGGUCAAUGGUGUGAAAAGCAGUCCAGGGAACACCACCCCAAAGGCAGGUGCAGCAGUACCCUCUGGGCCACCCAUCUAUGUGGACUUGGCCUACGUGCCCAACCACUGCAGUGCCAAGAACGUGGACCAGGAGUUCUUCAAGAGGGUCCGGGCGUCUUACUAUGUGGUUAGCGGCAAUGACCCGGGCAGUGCAGAGCCCAGCCGUGGGGUUCUGGAUGCCCUGCUGGAGGGCAAGUCCCACUGGGGCUCCAACCUACAGGUGACUCUGAUCCCCACCCAUGACACGGAGGUGACCCGGGAGUGGUACCAGCAGACCCACGAGAAGCAGCAGGAGCUCAUGGUGCUGGCCUCCAGCAGCACCGUGGUCAUGCAGGACGAGUCCUUCCCCGCCUGCAAGAUCGAGUUCUGA